AUGGCAGCCUCAACACAGAGCGCCCUAGAGGAGAUUGAGCGCCGCCGUGUGCAGCUGCAGCAAAAUGUCGAUAAGCUGCGCAAAGCCCUCUCCCACUGGACGACCUGGGAGGCUGAGUAUGAGGCGCUCAAGGAAGAGAUCCAAGGCGCCAGCGACCCUUCACCCUCACAGAUACGUGAGAUGGCACGCGACCUCGACCUUACCCUGCUGGACCACAAGGAAGUCGAGGAGCUGCUUUGCAAGAACUCGCCCAAGGAACGCACUGCUAACCAAGUUAUUGACAUGAUCUCUAGACGCAUUGACUAUGUUCGGACGAGCAGUGCUACUAUCGAAAAGAACCUUGAUGCUGCCGAGAAGAAGCUUGCUGGUGUCGAUGUUCUGUUGGAGCCAGGCAUGGACAAUGAAGAGGGCGAGCCGAUGAUGGACAUUGAGGAAGAACUGGAUGACGAGGGCAACGAAGUUUCGAGCUCUGUGAAUCAGACGGGCAAGGCUGCAGCUGAGCUUGUUGAGGUCCUACGCAAGGCUGGUGUCCAGAAGGCGGAGCUAGAGAAGAAGAACGCAGCAGAGGCGCAAGAAGCUUCUCCAGAUGCGCCGUCCACGUCUACGCCAACUUCACACACCACACCAGAGUCGAAAUCUAGUCCGUCCUCCUCCGAAAACACGCCCACUCUACCCUCCUCCCAACCCUCAGACCCAGAGCCUGUCAAAAAGUCAGUGUCUUUCGCCGAGGAGAUCGACGUCGAACCCACCCCGAAAGCUACGCCACAACCUGCACAACCUGACUACGAAGCAAAAUUCUCUGUCGAUGAGGAUCUCACGCAGGACGACUACGAGAGCUUGGCCAAUGCCAUUAUACCAGACGAUGAGUCUGCAGAGGAAGCUGAGCUGAGACGGCAAAUGCUUCAGUAUGGCAUGUCGGAAGUCGGACAGAUUGUCGCUGAACUCGACCUGGACCAGCCUACUGCGUCAUACUCUGACGAAGAGGAUGAUGACGACUAUGGCGACUACGACACUGAGGACGACGAAGAAGAAGACGAGUAUGGCCGCAGCACCAAGCCUGUCAUCACCGAGGACUAUCGCAAACAGAUGAUGGAACUUGAGAAGAAGCUGGGCGCUCGCAUGCUUGAGAAUGUAGGGCCUGAGUCGGGCAAGCCAUCUCUCGAAGACCACAUCGGAGACAUUCGCACCAUGAAAGUGAAGAGCGACGAUCAGUUCGAUGAGUCCAUGGCUUCUCCUGCGACAAUGCCGGCGCCGGCUGAUACAAAGGACUCGAAGAAGAAGGGAGUGCGCUUUGCCGACGACCUGGACAUAUCUGAAGCGCCAAAGCCAGUACAAGAACCAGCUGGGGCCGCGCGGUUACCUAUUAGAUCGACAACGACCAUAUCCGAUACCAUUGUCGAGCGGUCUGCCGUCCCUUCAGCCCCGGUAGAGCCACCCAAACCCGCCAAGGUGUCCAGGUUCAAGAGUGCCCGCGCUGCGACGAACACUCCUCCCCAGAUGCUGCCAACACCUCCGGUUCCAGAAGCACCGCCUGUGCCAAGUGGCCCUGCUGGACGAACACUAGCCACUACCAUUACCGAGCACGCCCCUCUUCCCUCAGAGCCUCAGGCACCUGAUGAGUUUGAUCCAGUCCUUUUGGACCGCGAGAUCAAAGCAGAGUAUCACAAGGCGCGCAAUCGCUUCAUCCAGCGCCAAGGCGGAUUCAAGGCAACUGAAGAGGACGAAGAAAGUCCCAUUGUAGAAGAACGAGAUGGCAAGACCAAAAAGGUGAGCCGUUUCAUGGCGGCUAGACUCAAGGCCGAGGGUAUGUAA